UUUGAAUGUUGUACCUAUGAUACUUUUCUUUACAUAAUACUGAAGCACACGUGGUGGAGUGAAAUGAAAAGGCUGCUCAUAGGCUUUUCCUGGAGGUGACGUCACCGCUUUCUUAAUAGGCAAUAGGCUGAGCUUUAAGAGGUGCGCUCAUUACAGCUUUUCUCCCAGACUGAGAGCUCAUCACGGGGAAAAAAUGGGACACAAGUGACAAGGCUGAGCUCUGAUAGCAUGUAAUGGUUAUUUCUUUCUACUUUAGACACCACUCAGGAUAUAUCGUACAGCAGUGAGUUGAUGUAAUAGCCCCUAAAGGAUAGGGUUUUUUUCUACGCUUAUGCGUAAAAACGCGCAUUUCGAAUCAUCCUAUGGGCCCGCUGUGAUCUCCAGCCUCUAAUUUUUGUGUGUGUGUGUGUGUCAGAAAUGCUUUUUUUUCAUCAGUUUACCUGUUUGGAGCUGUUGUCCAUAUGUGGAUUGUUGCCCUGUGGAGCAGAAGAGCUGCAUCUAACCUCACGGACGGUGAUGUAAUUAUUCAGAUUCGUUCGGAUAACGUUGGAUUUGCUGGAUCAUACCCAAGCAAGUCAACAGCGAAGUGAACUGGGACGUUGGAGAAAGAGAAACAGAGUACAUAUACAUAUAUAUAUAUAUUUAUAUAUCCCUACACACUGUGCUGGGAAAUAACUCCAGACAAUGCUUCACUGUAGCAGUUGCGAGAAGCCUAUCAUUGAUAGGUUCUUACUGAAAGUUUUGGACAGACCAUGGCACAUCAAAUGUGUCCAGUGCUGCGAAUGCAAAUGCACUUUGACAGAGAAGUGUUUUUCACGAGAAGGGAAACUGUACUGUAAGAACGACUUCUUUAGGAGAUUUGGGACCAAGUGUGACGGUUGCGCCCAAGGGAUUUUACCCAGUGAUCUGGUCCGCAGGGCCAAAAGCAAAGUGUUUCACCUGAACUGUUUCACCUGUGUGAUGUGCAACAAACAGCUGUCCACCGGAGAGGAACUGUACAUCCUGGACGAAUUCAAGUUUGUCUGUAAAGAGGACUAUCAGAACCACAAUGGGAAAGACACAAUCCUGCUCUCAGUCACGACGUGCAGCGACCCAAGUCUGUCUCCGGACUCCCAGGAUCCGCAGGACGACGGGAAGGAUUCAGAAACGGGACAUUUAUCUGACAAAGACGGGUGCAACAACGAGAACGACGAGCAGAGCGCCGUCGGGAAACGACGCGGGCCUCGGACCACCAUAAAAGCCAAACAGCUCGAAACCCUGAAGGCGGCGUUCGCGGCCACGCCGAAACCCACCAGACACAUCAGGGAGCAGCUGUCACGGGAGACCGGCCUCAGCAUGAGAGUCAUCCAGGUUUGGUUCCAAAAUCGGAGGUCCAAAGAGAGACGCAUGAAGCAGCUGAGCACCCUGGGCGGCCGGAGACACGUGUUUUUCCGCGGCCAGAGGAGGAUGAGAGCACUUGGAGAGAGGCUGGAACCAGAGGAGCUCGGGCAUUUCUCUUAUUAUGGAGAUUAUCCUGGUGAAUACUAUGGCUCAGGAGGGAAUUAUGAGUACUUCCAAGGCCCACCGUCAUCCCAGGCUCAGACUCCAGCAGACUUGGGCUUUGUGCCUUCCUCUGUCCCUGCUGGCACCCCAUUAGGAGUCAUAGACCACCAUCAUCCAGGGCACCACUGUCCUGGAGAGCUGCAGUGUUUCUCUGACUCCCAUCAUCCUGCGGACUCACCCAGUCCAGAGCCCCACAUGCCGGGCUCAAUGCACAGCAUCUCCAGUGAGAUGUGUGGCCCGGGCACACCCUACACCACUGUUUCUCUCAGUGACAACGGAUACACCAACCAGCUGUCACAACCCUCCUCAGAAAUGAGCGAAGGCACUGUUUGGUAAUCCAGCCCAACCCCGAACAAAAAAGGCACACUUGGAUUUUUGAAGGCAAAUCAACGUUUGUUUGUUUUUUUAAUGCUGUUUAUUUAAAUGUACAUUUAUUUAUUUAUUUAUUUAUUUAUCUAUUUAUUUAU